GAACGCAGGACCUGAGAGAAAGCAGGAGGAGAGAAAUGAUCCCUCACAGCUGGUACAUUAAGGAUGGACACAAAAUGCUGGAGUAACUGGGUCUAAUAUAGGGUCUCGACUCAAAACAUCACCCAUUCCUUCUCUCCAGAGAUGCUGCCUGACCAACUGAGUUACUCCAGCAUUUUGUCUUCAGUUUUAAACCAGCAUCUGCAGUUCCUUCUUACAUAGAAACAUAGAAAAUAGGUGCAGGAGUAGGCCAUUCGGCCCUUCGAGCCUGCACCGCCAUUCAAUAUGAUCAUGGCUGAUCAUCCAACUCAGUAUCCUAUACCUGCCUUCUCUCCAUACCCCCUGAUCCCUUUAGCCACAAGGGCCACAUCUAACUCCCUCUUAAAUAUAGCUAUUUACACAGGUACAUUUAGGAGUUUUUUGCAACCACAGUGUGUAAAGUGGGCGUGCCAGUGAUGCUGGGUCUGAAAGGUUUGUAACGCGGUGUCAAAGGCUGUUCAUUUCUUCAUUACUUAUGUUUUCCGUUUUCUUCUUCCAGCCUUGCAUAAUUUCCUGCAACUCGCCGAGUUACCCUGGUUGCACUGGAGUCCCGCAGCCGUGCAAUGCAGCAGCUUCAGAGUCGCCAGUCGGUGCGCCGGCCGGCAGCGGCGGAGAGAUCCCAGUCCGCACCCUGCAAGUCCUGGACCGACGAUGAAGGUGCCGAUGAUUUUUUCGCCUCGCUGACUGCUAUUGAACAGAAGCAGGAGAUCAUGAAGCGCUUAGACUACACACUGCCUCCAGAGGAUGCCAGGGACCUGCUUCCUCCUCAAUCACCUGGAAACAGUGAGAAGUUGAAGAUCUCACACAGAGAGUUGCUGUUGCUUUAUGAGGACGCGCUCUACACCCUGAUCCACAAACGCGGCGUUCCCUCCGCCUCACACGUGACGAGCCAAGAGGAGAUGAUCCGCUAUCUACAAAAGGUCUUCAAGCUUGAUGUGAGUGACCACGCAGAGAUAAUGCGCAGAGUGAAAGAAGCUAAGGCACCCUCUCUCACCGUGAAGGUGACCAUCGUGGAGGCGAGGAACCUGCUGGCCAAGGAUGCCAACGGGUUCAGUGAUCCCUACUGCAUGCUGGGAAUCACCCAGGGCCAACCCGCACCAGAGGUGGAAGAGAAGAAGGGUCGCAAAUUCAGCUUCCGGAGGAAAAAGGAGAAGAUAGAGAAGAGGUCAAGCCUCAAGGACGUGCUUCCUGUCAAGUACAUCCAGGUCACAAACGUCAAGUCCAACACCUUGAAUCCCGUGUGGAACGAGAGCUACGUUUUUGAAGUGGAUGACAUCCACAAUGACCAGCUGCACCUUGACAUUUGGGACCACGAUGAUGAUGUUUCGGUUGCUGAAGCAUGUAAAAAUCUGAAUCAGAUCAGCGGUUUAAAAGGAAUGGGCAGGUACUUCAAACAGAUCAUGAAGUCGGCUCGAGCUAACGGGGCCUCGGGAUCUCAGGAUGAUAACAUUGAUGAUUUCCUCGGCUGCCUCGACAUCCCCAUCAUUGAGAUCCCUGUUGAAGGAAUUGAUACGUGGUACAAACUGGAGCCUCGAUCAAGCUCGUCUCGUGUUGAGGGUGACUGUCACCUGGUGAUUUCACUGGCCAUAAUGCAGAGAGAUACCGAGUUGUGCAAGAUGAUGGGACCUAUGAAUAUCCACGAGUUGUUGCUGAGGCAGCUGCUAACAUCUGAAAUUUCCAAAUUCCAGAAUGAGCGCAGCAGUGACUGCCAGGGGCUCAGCAAGUAUGCGGUCACCAUCCUCUCCCAGCAUGCCAUGCAGAUUGACCUCUCACCUCAGCAGAAGGCUGCCAUUGAGUGGCUGGCUUACAGCAAACAUCACCAGCUCCAGUCCAUGGACUAUGGCCUCCUUCACCAGCUGCUUGAGGACCUGGAUAAGAGGUCAGACCUGAACGCUCUCACUCCAGACCAGGAAGAGUCCCUUGCCAAUAGUUUUGUCUUUUUCAUCGACUACUGCUGGAUGUUGCUGCAAAGGAUGAAGCAGGUCUUUCCCUUCAACUCUCCCAAGGCACUGAAUCAGCUGGAACUGAUGCUGAGGUGCUUGCUGAAGAUGUAUUCCAUGGAGGGCUUCAAGGUUCUCUACCCUGUUCACAAGCCGCUCCACGUGGAGAUCGUUGCGGCUGUAAAGAAAUCCACACUUGAAUGGUACGAGAAAACGCGUGAUAACUUGAAACCAGAAAUCCAGUCAGACCAAGCCCGGCUGAAUGCUCUGGUCCAGUUGGUCGACACAGUUUGCACAGACUUACGCAAGAAAUACAACUACUACAACAAAAUAUUUAUAAGUGUUGUGAAGAUUGAUUACUUCAGUUUGACUUAUCAGCAGCUGGAGAAACUGGUCGCAGAUGAUGUCCUGGUGCUAAUGGAGGAGCUGGGAGCAGCCAUAGAACAAGAGAGAUCAAGGAUGACCCAGCUGAUCGCCGUGACCCUGUUUGAGUUGUACCUGUCGCUGAAAGAAGUGAAACACUUCAAGGAAUUCCUUCCAUUGAAGGACUCCAAUCUGGGACUUGGGAAUUUCCAUGAAUGGUUCCAGAUAUCCAUUAAUAAGUGGCUACACAUUGUUCACGAGAAGUCAUGUGAACGGAUCACAAAGGCAGUGGCGGUGGAUCAGCUUGACCCUGUUGACACGCUGUCCAAACACAGCAGCUCGGCAGUCGAUGUGGUGACCUGCUUCACUCAGAUCAAGAGCUUCUGGCUGCAGCUAGCCUGGCCUGACCCAAUGGGGGCUUUUGUGUUUGUAACAAAGAUCACUGACGACAUCUGUAACGCAGCUGUGAUGUACUCGGAAAUGAUCAGACAAAAAGCAGACGUUCAGAAGAAAAUCACACAACAGCUGUGCAUGGUGCUGAAUAACAUCGAGCACGUGCACAAGUACAUCUGGAACCUGCCGAAGGAGUUGGCAUGGCAGGAGGUGGAGACCUCAGUGGAGCGGGUGUGUGGGCUGGAGGGGAAGCAGCAGGUGCGGAGAGCGCUGGACACACAGCUACAGAGCAUCGAUGCGGGCAUGCAGCGGCAGUCCAACUACAUGAUCAACCAGCUGGUGGAGAAGAUGGUCAUUGACUUGCGGAAGUACAUUCAGCACGUUAGCCUGUCUCCGGACUCCAUCCAACCUGAUGAUGCAGUGUCUCCUCUGAUGAAAUUCCUCGAUGAUAAUCUAAUCAUCCUCAGUGAAUGGCUAGUGCAGGAGAAUCUCUGCAGGAUAUUGGCAACUUUGUGGAAAUUGCUGUUGGAUUUGGUUGCUGAAGCAUUAACUACUAAUACUGGGGUGUCGGCUGAAUUCUACGAACGAUUUCACUUUACUCUGGAGGCUCUUGUGGUAUUUUUUCACGCUGAGGGACAGGGGUUGCCAAUUCACAGCUUACGGAAUGAAAGUUACAAGGCUCUGAAGGAGGAGUUGCAUCUAAAUAAGUGCUCAACACAGGAGCUAAUCGAGAAGGCCUACCAGGCCAAAAUACAACAGCAGAAAUCCCCGGAGCCAACGCCAUAUGGAAUGCUCUGCAUCAAGUGCCACUAUGAAGUAUCUGAGCACAAGCUGUACAUUGACAUCUUACAUGCAACGAACCUGAUUGCUUUGGACACAAAUGGUCUCAGUGAUCCUUUUGUCAUCAUCGAACUCGCUCCUCAACACUUCUUUCCAGGAGCAAAGAGCCAGCGAACACAAGUCAAGAGUAAAACACUGCACCCUAUUUUCGACGAGCAGUUUAUCUUCACGGUGUCGGAGAAGUGCAGCAACGACAUAGCUUGUGUUCACUUCACAGUCAUGGACCAUGACUGGCUUUCAACUAAUGACUUUGCAGGAGAGGCUGUAUUGUUGCUACAGGAGAUUCACGGGUUACAGAAACCGGCCGUCGCUGGUGGAAUCAAAAGUGUCUCCCCGAUAUUUCUAAAACUGACACACCCUGACUCCACUGUGAUGAAGCCAAUCGUUAAGAUACUGGAAGGACGCCCUGGUGAUAGAGAAGCACAGGACUUUGUCAAGAUGAUGAAGGAGAUGGAAGUGUCUCCAGAGUAAAACAAGCUAAUUUUAAGAGUAUAAGAUUCAGACGCUCCAAAAUGCAUCAAGUGUUGGAGUCAUGGUUUGUAAAUGUGACAUUGAAAUUGUUUCAGACAUCCUCAACAUCUCGCCCAAACGGGGGG